CCAAAGCACCCGGCAUAUUUGUCCCAAGUACCAGCAAAAUGACCCGUUCCCUGUCAACGUUAACUGUGGAGGAAGUGGAGUUCAUUCGCGCAUCGUGCAAGUGCAACGCGAACGCAGCCGACCGCUGCACACUGGAGUGUCAAGGAGAUGAAGGCAAACAUGCAAGCGUCGAGCGGAUGCGCAAGGACAUAGAUGAUUGCUGCUCCUGUGUGAAUGACCGAUUCAUGUACGUGUGGAGGAAGAAGACUUUUAACCACUGGCGUCAAUUUGUACAAGGGAUUAAUCUCGCUGAAGGAGAUGGAAGUCGGGAGCGGUCGCGAUCAAGAGCAUCGUCUUCCAUGAGUCGCAGCCGGUGCAGCAGCUUCAUGGAGACGAUCGAUGACGGCGUCAUUAGCAGCACGAACAGGCUGCUUGAUAUCGCACCCGCACUGCACAUUAUAGUCCCGUACCUGCGUGUCGACGAGAUAUACCGUUUGACGCUCACGAACAAGACAAUCUGCCGAGAAGUUGGUCGAGCAACACACGCGCUCUCGUUUAUUCCAGCUCGGAAGGUGAUUUUCGACGAGAAUUUGAUGAGUCUACCAAUGCAGUUUCCUCAUCUGAAGGAGGUUAACCUUACAGGCUGCUCGAGCCUCACCGAUGAAUCUGUUGAGCAGCUCGCCAACCUGUCUGGACUAACAUCUGUGGCGCUGAAAGGAUGCUACCAGGUGACUGACAAAAGCAUCAAGCUACUCACCGAGUCGCAGUCGAACUCGCUCACGUCGGUCAAUCUCGGAUAUUGCAAAGUCGUGAGUGACGAGGGGAUUACAGCAAUUGCCUCGAAUCUAUCGAAGCUCAACUACCUAAAUCUUCGCGGCUGUAGCCAAGUCGGCGACAACGGAAUUCGUGCUCUUGCUCGGCUCAAGAACCUCCAGACGCUCAAUCUCUGGUAUUGCAACCAAGGAGCUCUCACAGACGGCGGUAUCUCCGCGUUGGCGGAGGUGACGUCGCUUACAAGUCUCAAUUUGUCGAACUGCAGUCAGCUGACGGACGAGGGCAUCAGCUCACUCAGCACGCUUGUGAAACUCCGACACUUGGAGAUUGCAAAUGUUGGAGAAGUCACCGAUCAAGGCUUUUUAGCUCUAGCACCGCUAGUUAACCUCGUCACAUUGGAUGUGGCAGGAUGCUACAAUAUCACCGACGCAGGCACCGAGGUGCUCGUGAAUUUCCCAAAGCUAGCAUCCUGCAAUCUUUGGUACUGCAGCGAGAUCGGCGACGCUACGUUCCAGCACAUGGAGUCUCUGACAAAGAUGCGAUUCUUGAAUUUCAUGAAAUGCGGCAAAGUCACCGAUCGAGGACUGCGGUCCAUCGCGAAGCUCCGCAAUCUGACAUCGUUGGACAUGGUGAGCUGCUUUAACGUUACAGACGAGGGUCUCAACGAGCUGUCGAAGCUAAAUCGACUCAAGUCGCUGUACUUGGGUGGCUGCUCUGGCAUCCGAGACGAAGGCAUCGCAGCGCUGUCUCACUUGAGUUCAUUAGUGAUCUUGGAUCUCUCGAAUUGUCGCCAGGUGGGUAAUAAGGCUUUACUGGGGAUCGGUGCGUUGCGCAACCUCACGAACCUCAAUCUCAUGCGCUGUAAUCGCAUCGACGACGAUGGGAUCGCUCAUCUCGCGGGACUCACGCGCUUGAAGACACUGAACCUGGCAAAUUGCCGUCUUCUCACGGAUAGGGCGACGAAAACUGUUGCGCAGAUGACGGGACUGGAGUCUCUGGUGCUGUGGUACUGUAACAAGCUCACGGAUGCAGGAAUCCUCAACUUGUCAACACUGACAAAGCUGCAGUCGAUCGAUCUGGCAAGCUGCUCCAAGUUGACCGAUGCGAGUCUCGAGGCUUUCCUCAACAUGCCGAAUCUUACGUCGCUAGAUCUCGGAAAUUGCUGUCUCCUCUCCGACGAAGGUAUGCUGACACUGAGCAAGGUCACGUCACUAACGUCAUUGAACUUGUCCGAGUGUGGAGAGAUUACCGACACGGGACUCGAGCACUUGAAAACACUCGUCAACCUCUCGUCUGUCAACCUUUGGUAUUGCACGAAGGUGACACCGGUCGGUAUCAACUUCUUGCCGGUGCAGUCCGUAGAUUUCUAGACACAUGCGAAGUAAGGCUCUGUAC